AUGAACGCAACCACGUACUAUGCUUCUCUAGAGGAGUGCAAAAAGCCGCUGCCCAAUGAGGAGUUGGAGAUUUUGGCCAAACAGUAUAACCGGGAGGGAGACCAUGCAUCCAUCCAGACCCGGUUCAACUACGCCUGGGGGCUGAUCAAAAGUAACGAUCCAGAGCACCAGCGGAUGGGCGUCGAGAUUUUGACGCAAUUGUUCAAGUCCGCACCCGAGCGCCGUCGUGACUCUCUUUACUAUUUAUCCAUUGGCUGCUACAAACUGGGCGACUACACGAAUGCCCGCCGCUACGCUGACGCGUUGUUACGCUACGAUCCAACCAACCCACAGAUCAAUCAGUUACGCCAGGAGAUUGAGGACAAGCUCAACAAGGAGGGCAUGAUUGGUAUGGCAAUUGUGGGUGGUGCAGUCGCAGUUGGUGCAGCAGUGCUUGGUGCCAUGCUGCGCCGUCGCAGAUAA